GCUAAGGGGUGUCACUCAGAAAGGGGGUGAGGAUCCUAUUCAAACCUUACAACAAUCGCUUACUGAAGCCACAACUCCGACGAGAAGUCGCACCGUGCACACCGUUCUCUCUCUCUACCAUCUACCUCUUGCACGGGCUAUAUCUAUGUUUUUGCUUUCAUUUCGGUCAUCACUUGGGUUGGAGUUCGAGUGCACACAUAAAUCAACGACGUCAGAAAUUCAAUGCGUCAGCCUGACGAAUGCAGCUCGCCUCCCAUCAUUCACAUCGGGCUCCCUCGAUUAUCAUUAUCAGAACAUUAUUUUGCUGAGCUGAGUGAAGAUCUAGCCCGAGUACACGGGGCACCAAGCUCGUUGAUUCCUGGACAGGAGGACAAGGCCAUUAGAGUGGUCUGUGGACUGAUAUUUUUAUUUUCUCCCGCGUUAUCUUUCGCUCAAUGGACGUGAGAGUAGCCCUCGGAUGACGCCAAAUGGUUUCUAACAGUGCUCUUGAGAAGUGACAACUCGAGGAAAUGAAAAUCAGAAGUGUGAUAAGGGAGACAUUUUGAGUAUACACAUUUUACAUAGCAGACGAUAAUAUACCAACUGGAAUGCGAAUGCUCGAGAAGUACAAUCGCCUCACCAGUUUUGUUUGACUCGCCUUGGUAGCCUAUAAUAUUGAGAGGAGGAUCAGAAAUAUAGGCACACUGUGGAGAAGUGACUAUUUUCUUCUUUUGCCCACUCUUGUACGGCUGUGUGGAUUUAGUGUAGACGUUUUGCUUGUGCCACACAUCUCGACCCCAGCUUAGAAAACAAGUUUUUGAAAGGUAUGUGUGUUAGAGCGGACUAGUGUUUGUAUAGUAAAGAGGACCAAUUGUGGUGGCUAUGGUGAAAGUUCAGUUGGUUGAACUGGGACCCUAGUUGAGCUGAGACGAGUGGGCCGGGCUCAGGCGACUCUAAAGUAAACCUGUGAUAUACGGUAGCGGAGUACAAGGCUUGUUUGAUCAGUGAGGAGUGAGUGUUUAACCAGAGCUGGGAGCUGGCCUGUUGCAACACAAAAGGACAGAAACACUCGGUAAACUCUCAUUUUGAAAAGCGGAGGCAUACCACUCAGGACUGGAAGGGUUCUUUUCUUCAUCGAUUGCAUUGCAACUGUGUUAACAGCGAUUGCCAUCAGACCAUAAACAUGGCUGCCUUCAGUGGAACAAUCCAUCAGUUGCCCGUAUUAACGAUGAUAAUCUUCAUUGCUACAUUACUAUCUUGUUUCAAUAGUGCCCUGAGUUUUAGAGAUGCUAAAUGUGAAGCUAUUACUGUACCGAUGUGUCGUGAUGUUGGCUAUAACAUGACCUACAUGCCAAACCAUUUCAAUCAUGAUUCGCAAGAGGAAGCUGGACUUGAGGUGCAUCAGUUCUAUCCACUCGUAGAGAUCCAAUGCUCUCCGGAUCUCAAGUUCUUCCUCUGCAGCAUGUACACUCCUAUCUGCUUGGCGGACUACCACAAGCCCCUGAUGGCCUGCCGAUCGGUCUGUGAGAGAGCGAAGGCGGGGUGUGCUCCGUUGAUGCGACAGUACGGAUUCGCUUGGCCAGACCGCAUGCAAUGUGAGAAUCUUCCCGAAUUUGGUGACCCCGAUAAUUUGUGCAUGGAUUCGAACCAUACGAAUGCAGGAACGAGUGCACCAACCAACCCACCAAUGACACGACCCGGAGGUCGACGACCUCGCCCUCCAACCGAGAAAACGUGUGACUGCUCCUGCAAUGCACCUCUCAUCUCCGUCCCCGAAACUCACCCGUACUACAACCGUGUGUCGACCGGCGAGAUUUCAAACUGUGCAACUCCAUGUAAAAGUGCCUUUUUCUCUGAAGAUGAACACACCUUUGCGACAUUUUGGAUCGGGUUGUGGUCCAUAUUGUGUUUUGUGUCGACGCUCAUGACGGUCGCGACUUUUCUCAUCGACAUGGGACGAUUUAAAUACCCUGAGCGUCCAAUCAUCUUCCUGAGUGCAUGCUACUUCAUGGUCGCACUCGGAUUCAUCAUCCGUCUCGUCGUCGGUCACGAGCAGGUAGCAUGUUCAGGUCAAUAUGUUCGUGUAGGAUCGACGGGUCCAGCCCUCUGUACUAUCGUUUUUCUGCUCAUCUAUUUCUUCAGUAUGGCAAGCUCUAUCUGGUGGGUUAUCCUCGCGUUUACCUGGUUUCUCGCUGCUGGGAUGAAGUGGGGCAGUGAAGCCAUCUCAAGCUACUCUCAAUACUUCCAUCUCGCUGCCUGGCUUCUUCCCAGUAUCCAAUCCAUCGCUGUACUCGCCCUUAGCUCAGUCGAUGGCGACCCCAUAGCUGGUAUCUGUUACGUAGGCAACCACGACCUCACCAAACUCCGUGGUUUCGUACUUGCUCCUCUCUUCAUGUACCUCAUCAUCGGCUGUUCCUUCCUCCUCGCUGGGUUCGUCUCUCUCUUCCGCAUCCGGAAUGUCAUCAAACAGGGAGGAUGUAAGACGGACAAGCUCGAAAAACUCAUGAUCCGAAUCGGCAUCUUUUCCGUCCUCUACACCGUGCCUGCAACCAUCGUAGUCGCUAUCUAUAUCUAUGAGCAGCAUUCGAGGAGCGACUGGGAACGAGGUGUCACUUGCCCGUGCCUGUCAGAACAUUUACCGAAACCAGAAUACUCAGUAUUUAUGCUCAAAUAUUUUAUGUGCCUUGUCGUUGGGAUCACAUCGGGUGUGUGGAUAUGGACUGGCAAGACACUCAGCUCAUGGCGCGGUUUUGUCAACAGAUUACUCGGGAGAAAAUCAUAUCCAAAGAGAGAAAGAACUUUCAAUUGCAAACCAGUGAUGCUUAAAAGUUUACCAAAUGUUCAGGUGUGAUAAAAUAGAAUUAUCUCUAUUCAUACAACAAAAGGAAACAAGACUCCUUGUCAGCGUGUUAAGACAAAAUGCUGUAUUAUUUGGCUUGUUAUCGCUUGAUGAAACGUAUAAGAUAACUUGUUAUGCUGUUCAGAUUAUAUAUCAUCUUCCACUUGCGAUACGAACCAUAUUUGUUGCUUAUGUGAUGCACAUGUAGAACAAAAUGAUGUCAUAAUAUAUUAACAUGGUUGUACAAACUGAACCAUAUUUGGAAGAGCAGAGGAGGAAAGGGAUACGAAUUGUAAAUUGUUAGAGGCAUGUUGUGCGUCACAUUGAACAAGAAUACUGAUAUUGCCUUUCUAGUUUUUUUCAGAAGUUUUGUACAAUGAGGAUUUGUAUUCAAUGUUUCCACAGUGAAGAAAUUAACCACUUGCUCAAUUCUGCAUUCAUAUGCGUUUAUCAUAGUUUGCAAAUUAACGAUAUCUUUGUUAUAGUUCCAAAGAACGGAGAAAAAAUGGGAAAACAUAGAUUGCAUUUUGACACCUUGAUUUUGUUUGGUAAUUUAACCAUUUUCGUAUUGCAUAUCGUAUCCCAAAAACCCCGCGGGAACUGUUGGCAUUCGCAUUUUUCAUCAGAACAUCUAUUCACAGGGUUGAUCCUAGGGAGAAUAGAGGAAAACAAGAAUCAAAUUCCAAUGCUUUAUAUAGGUUAACCCACGUGAUAAGGCCGUCGAUGCCAGGAUAUUUUUCAUGUUAUGAGGAUAAAGAAAGAUUGAUCUGUUAUUAUCUUGCCACUGUUUGUGUUGUAUUACAUCUCUCCAGGUCCUUUUAACUUAAUGGGAAGUUCACAUAUGUUUGUAAAUGUCGUGAAGAUUAAUUUGUGUCCACUCCACUGUACCUGUGAUCAUUGAGAUUUAAUGAUGUGAGUUUGUUAAUUUAUCAGUUAUUUGUCGAUCACCUCUUUGUUUGCAACGAUCGUUGUUGUCGUGCACUCAAACUGCACAUGGACGCCUUACUAAUUUAAAGAAACUUCAGCGUCUUCAAAUGAUAUCAAACUGCAGUUAUUUCAAAUGUCAUCAAUUUAUGUUCUCUAGAUGUAUGUUGUACCGAGAUCAAAGGCAUAUUAUUGAGUAUUCUGUCCAAACCAAACCAAAUGACGUAUGAUUGUCACUCGUUCAUUGAUUUGAUAUAAAUUAGUUAGAUCAUCUGAGGAUCUGUUGCUACUCGAGUUUAAGGAAAUUCAAAUCAUUCAGUGAAGGCAUCCUAUUAGUUUUGUUUAGUUAUGUUGGUGUGCCCGGCCACUAAUACCAUUCAUAAUGCAUAUUACAAGUAAUCGCUACAAAUGUCGUAGUCGAUGGAACAUAUUUUCAUUUAAAUAUUUAUUUAUCAAUUCAUAUGCAGAAACCACUUAAUGAUGUCUUAAUCUGUUUCAUAAGGCCAAAUCCUAGGCUAAAGUGUACAGACAGGCCUUAUUAUAGUUGUUUGUUACAUCAUCACAUUUGCUUCAAUAUUAUAAUGUUGAUGAUUUUCACAUUGAAGAAUUUGCAAGACGGAUAUUAACUGAUAGUUCUAUCAGAAUCAAUAACUGAACCUCUUUCGUCACUAUAAUGAAAAAGUCGGUUGCAUUAGCUCGACCUGUGGGCCACCGUUGACUGGCUAUUCCCUUUUCUUCAUUUUUGUUUGAUUUGUAGCCCUAUGCUAACACAAAAGUAGAAUACCAGUACCGAGUGCUCUUUUACCAAUAACCUUCACCAGCGGCCAUGCCUCGCUUGAGAGUUUUCCUCUUUUCUCUUUUCUCUCACAUAAGUAGAAACCAAACAUGCUACUUAGCGAGCUACAUGUCCUGCAUCUGAGCACUUAAACAGCCGAUACAGAUCAAAUAAAUGUUACAUCACGGAGUCAACAUUAAAACCUGAGACACAAACACCAGUCCCUUUCUUCCUAAAUGCCACCAUUUGUUUGCUACCAUCACUUUUCAUUGUUUGAGAUGCUCUAAGUUAAUCUCGGCUGCCGAUAAAUGGCUUUCUCUCUUUUCUUUCAUCUCAUGUUUUCUCCCCUAACCGGACAGAGAAAUUGAGAGGAAAUAAGUAACGAUAUUGGUCCGCCCUUGUAACGGGGUUGUGUUAAUUUGUUAUUAUUACGAGUAACUUCAUCGACUUCUAAUGUAAAUGCAAAUAAGUCACAUUUUGCCUUAAUUGUGGAUGGAAUAUACAAGAUGUUUGGUUUAUAUGUACAGUACUUGUAAUGAAGAUUGCUCUUGAUAUCCAGCACCAAAGUUUUGUGAUUUCAAUACCUUGUUAACUUAUUAUUCACUCAGUUCCGAUUAUUAAUUCAUACCAGCGACAUCUAAUGCAACACGAAGAGGAGUACUUAUUGUCACGAUUGUAUUGUAGUGGAGGAUUUGUACUGAUAUAUGAAUCGUCGGCUUGUGAAUCAACGUAGGACUUCAAUUUAAAUACGAUGAUUAUUUUAUUAACAUCAUGUACCCAGUACAUACAUGUACAUGUAUACUUCAAUAUACCCGCAACGUUUUAAAGAUAGCAAACUAAUACGAAGGUUCUGUUGGAUUGCGUUACUCAUAACCAUGUCUAAUAAUCUUUAUAUAGUACAAAGAUGUGUUGUAUUCGUAUUUUCCAUUACGAUUAUUUUAUGACAUUAAUGUUGAUGACAUUGUAUAUUUGUUUUCACGAAACAACGUAUUAAAUCAUGAAGCAGAUGCAUAUUGCACAAAUGAA